GGCCGAGGAGGCAUCAAAAGCAUGGGCUGUGCUCCAAGCAUUCACAUCUCUGACAGCAGAGUGGUGUAUCACAGUGGCAAAGAGUCUGAGGAUUCCAACUCUCCACACCAGACCAACACACUGUCUCAGCAAACCAACUCAGUCCCAGGAUUAUUCAUUAAAUCCUCUAACACAUCCACUUAUAAGGCAGCUGUAACAGAAGUGCAGUUUGGUCCAAUGAGACUCCACCAAGAUCAACUUCAGGUACUUUUAGUAUUUGCCAAAGAAGAUAGCCAGAGUAAUGGAUUCUGUUGUGCGUGUGAGAAAGCGGGCUUUAAGUCUAACAUUGCUAAGACACCAGAAUCUGCUUUGGAAAGCUUUUUAGAUAAACAUCAUGAAAUUAUCAUUAUCGAUCAUAGACAGACACGAUGUUUUGAUGCAGAAGCUCUAUGCAGGUCCAUCAGAGCUACCAAACCCUCAGAAAAUGCUGUCAUAAUUGCUGUAGUUAGAAGACAAAGUGAUAGAGAUGAAACGUCAGUAAUGCCCCUAAUAUCUGCUGGGUUUUCCAGGAGAUAUGUAGAAAACUCUAACGUUAUGGCCUGUUACAAUGAGCUUAUUCAGCUAGAAUAUGGGGAAGUACGUGCACAAUUUAAACUAAGGGCUUGUAAUUCUUUAUUUACUACGUUAGAGAAGAGUCAAGAAGCCAUUGAAAUUACGAAUGAGGAUAACAAAAUACAGUAUGUGAAUCCUGCUUUUGAAACCACAAUGGGUUAUCAGAAGGAAGAACUAUAUGGAAAAGAAUUAAUUGAAGUGCCUAAUAAUGAAAAAAAAUCUGAUUUCUUAGAUAAUAUUAAUUCUUGUAUCAAGUCGGGAAAGGAGUGGGAAGGUGUUUACUAUGCCAAAAACAAAAAUGGUGACAAUAUCCAGCAAAAUGUGAAGAUAAUUCCUGUUUUUGGACACCGAGGUAAGAUCAGACACUAUGUGUCUAUUAGUCGGCCGUGUAAUGACAACAACAAGGCAGAAAAACAAUGUGAGCGAGUUCAGGCUGAGUCUCAAACAGAUAUCCAGAGCUCCAGACACAAGGACAGGCGGAAAGGCUCUUUAGACGUCAGGUCAACCACCUCCCGAGGAAGUGACGGUAGUUCGCAGAGGCGGCAUUCUUCAAUGGCCAGAAUACAUUCGAUGACCAUUGAAGCUCCUAUUACCAAGGUAAUAAAUAUCAUCAAUGCUGCACAAGAAAACAGCCCGAUGCCAGUGGCAGAAGCUUUGGAUCGAGUCCUGGAGAUAUUAAGAACAACAGAACUGUAUUCUCCACAGCUCGGAACUAAGGAUGAAGAUCCUCAUACCAAUGACUUGGUUGGGGGUUUGAUGACAGAUGGUUUAAGAAGACUUUCAGGGAAUGAGUACUUAUUCUCAUCAAAACAAGUCCAUCCGUCUUCUGGGCACCUAAUCUCCUCUCUCACCCUUUCUGACAUCCCACCGCGGAUAGCAAAAGCAAUGGAGAAUGAAGAAAAUUGGGAAUUUAAUAUUUUUGAACUAGAGGCUGCUACUCAUAAAAGGCCCUUAGUGUACCUUGGCCUCAAACUGUUUGCUCGAUUUGAGGUUUGUCAAUUCUUGAAUUGCUCAGAAGUAACGUUAAGAUCUUGGCUUCACAUUAUUGAGUCAAACUACCAUUCAAGCAAUUCUUAUCAUAACUCAACACAUUCCGCUGAUGUCUUACAUGCCACUGCUUACUUCCUGUGCAAAGAAAGGGUAAAGCAAAGCUUGGAUCCAAUUGAUGUGGUUGCUGCUCUUAUUGCUGCCACUGUUCAUGAUGUGGAUCAUCCAGGGAGAACAAACUCUUUCCUCUGCAAUGCUGGGAGUGAGUUGGCUAUCCUUUACAAUGACACGGCGGUGCUGGAGAGUCAUCAUGCAGCACUGGCUUUCCAGCUGACCACGAGAGAUGACAAGUGCAAUAUAUUCAAAAACAUGGAGAGGAAUGAAUACCGUACAUUACGGCAAGCAAUUAUCGACAUGGUUUUAGCAACAGAGAUGACAAAGCACUUUGAACAUGUCAACAAGUUUGUCAACAGCAUCAAUAAGCCAUUGGCAUCUGUUGAAGAGAAUGAGAGCACUGGUGAGGAUGAGUCUCUUAAAAAUGUUUUGACGUCCCCAGAAAAUCGGAUACUUAUAAAGAGGAUGCUUAUUAAGUGUGCAGACAUCUCCAAUCCAUGCCGAGCACUGGAGCAGUGUAUUGAGUGGGCUGGUAGAAUAUCAGAGGAGUACUUUGCUCAGACAGAUGAAGAGAAGCAGCAAGGUUUGCCUGUGGUAAUGCCCGUGUUUGACAGGAAUAUGUGUAGUAUUCCUAAAUCCCAGAUUUCAUUUGUGGAUUAUUUCAUCACUGACAUGUUUGAUGCAUGGGAUGCAUUUGCUGACUUACCGAACUUAAUGCAACAUCUGGAUAACAACUUCAAAUAUUGGAAAUCACUAGACGAAAAACAGCUUAAAACUCUACGACCGCCCCCAGAAUAGCUGACCCCCUUCAGUCAAUGAAGCCCAUCCUUACAGGGGACCCAGUUCAUUGUUGGUAACUUUAUCUAUGCCAGAGUGUGCUUCACUUUGUGGAAGUUCCAUGGAUCGUCAGGUCAAAGGUUACCUCCAGUACCCUGCAGUAAACUUAAAAAAACACAAUGAAAUCAAUGAAUAAGCCUUUUUUUUUUGCGUUAACUUAUAUCACAAGUUUAAUUACACUGGAUUGCUGCAAUAUCAGUGCCGACGGGUUGUACUCAAAAAAUGGGGGGAAAAAACAUUGCCAAUUUUCUUCAUACCUGUAUGGAAACAUCAAAGAUAUCUUGGAUGAAAGUUUCCUCCAAAAGAUGAUGCAAAGAAACAAACAAAAACUCAGACUUGCAAGUGAAGGAAAAUCAUUGUUCGUGUUUCGCGGCUUUGAAGAGAACACUCUGCUUUUUUUUAAAGCACUUAUAGUUGUUAACAAUCAACACAUUAAAUGCACUCUUUCUAAAGGAGUUUUUGAUCUCUGAAAAAUAGAUGCACUCUAUUUUUUAAUAUCACAGAAAAGGGGGCAAUCAUUCACCUCUGCACACUACUGAUAGUGAGCUUUCUCAAGGCUGUUUAGUAGCAAAUUGUAUAAAGAAAUAAAAAAAACUACACAGAAGAGUUUUUGAACUUGAUCAAUAGCAUCUAUGAUUAAAAUAUGUUUUAUUUAUUUUAUUAGAUGUUCAAUAUUUUCUAUGGAUUUAUAAAAAAA